AUGGCUACACCCGACGCCCACGUCUGGGACGCCGCGACGCAGACGUUCCACGGCGGCCAAGACUGGCAGUUCCUCGCCAACUUCACCCAAGACUUUAGCGUGACGACCAAUGGCCUGGGCACGCCCGCGCGCGCGCUCGAGGCCGCGACGCAGGCCAUGCGCACCGUGCACCACUACCCGCCCGCCGACUUCCAGCCCGCGGUCAGUCACUUGGCCGCGUUUCUAUGGCCAAACGACAACGCGUGGCGCCAGCACCUGCCGCUGCUGCUCAUGGGCAAUGGAGCGAGCGAACUCAUUGACCUCGUGGUCCGCAGCGUCCGGCGCGGCGGCUGGCGCCCGGGGGCCACGCGGACGCAGUACAAAGAGUACGAGCGCUCGAGUCAGGCGGACGGGCGCAAGACGUUGGCGUGGGACGACCGGGAGGCGGUGCUCACGUGCGUCGUGAACCCGACGAACCCGACGGGGGACUACAUGGACGUCGAGGCCAUGAAGCGCUACAUUGCGACCACGUGCCCCGACGACCACACGAUCAUUGUCGACGAGAGCAUGCAGCCGUGGGUCGGCCCUGACUGGCGCACCGACUCGCUCGUGCACCAGCGCGAGUGGAUCAAGCAGCUCAGCGACACCCGCAACAUCCAAGUGUGGGUCAUGGUGAGCUGGACAAAGAUCUGGUCGUGCACGGGGCUGCGCAUUGGCAGCGUCGUCGCGCCCACGCCGGCGCACGCCGCAGCAAUCAAAGCCAAGCAAGUGCCCUGGUCGGUCAAUUCUAUGGCGCUGGCGUUCGUGUCGGCGGUCGUCAAGGACGACGCGUACUUGCAAAAGACGUGGGAGGUCACGCCCGCGUGGCGCGCGUAUGCCAUUACGGAGCUGACGAAGCGCUUCCCGACGUGGGAAUUCUUUGGCCAGCCCUUCUUGUCGUGGAUCUGGCUCGACACCAAGUCCGUUGCCACGUGUGAAGCCGCGUGCAAACUCGCCAAGGACCAUGGCGUGCCGAUUCGCAGCGGCAAGCCCGGGUACGACCUCCCUACCUUUGCACGCAUUGCUGUGCGCAGGCCGGACCACAUGGACGUGCUGCUCAAGGCCUGGGAGACGCUUCAGUAA